GGCGGGCUGGCGGCGCGGACUCGGGCAGCCGCGGCGGGAGCGGAGCUGCUGCGGCAGAGCGUUGAGAGGGGCUGGUUUCUGGCACACCUGGUUGAGUGCUUAUGUUACCAUGCACAAGGAACUGGGUUCUAGCCCCUGGUCUCCACCUACAGGGAGGAAGCGUCAUGAGCAGUGAAGCGGUAUUGCUGAGUUGAGGACCUCACCAGGCUGUCCUGCAAACAGAGGGAGAAGCCGGAAGCGGUGAACAGCUUGGCCUCCAUGGAGCCGCCUGUCUCUCCCCAGACCUGCCCAGCACUCGGGGGCCAAUGGCCUAGGCCCUGAGGAGGAGGGGGAAGGGCAGUGGCAGGCAGAUGCGCCCCAGGUCCUGGGUUGCUAUGCCGGCCAAGGGGCGCUACUUCCUCAAUGGGGGCGAGGAGGGCCCCGACAACCAGGACGCGCUCUAUGACAAGUACCGCCUCACCAGCCAGCACGGACCACUGCUGCUCACGCUGCUCACGGUGGGGGCCAUCGCCUGCAUCGUCCUCAUCGCCAUCGCCUUCAGCCAGGAGGUGCCCUUCUUCCUAUUCAUCGUGUUUGUGGUGUACACACUGCUGCCCUUCAGCAUGCGGGGAGCCGUGGUGGUGGGCGUCCUCUCUGGUGCCUCCCACCUCCUGGCCCUCGGCUUGCUGCUGAGGACCUUCCAGACACCCGGCCACCAGGUGGGGCUGCAGCUGCUGGCCAGCACACUCAUCUUCCUGUGUGGGAACCUCACGGGCGCCUUCCACAAGCACCAGAUGCAGGACGCCUCCCGUGACCUUUUCACCUACACGGUCAAGUGCAUCCAGAUCCGCAGGAAGCUGCGCAUUGAGAAGCGUCAGCAGGAGAACCUGCUGCUGUCAGUGUUGCCUGCCCACAUCUCCAUGGGCAUGAAACUGACCAUCAUCGAGCGGCUCAAGGAACGUCGGGACCGGCGCCAAGUGCCCGACAACAACUUCCACAACCUCUAUGUCAAGCGGCAUCAGAAUGUCAGCAUCCUCUAUGCCGACAUCGUGGGCUUCACCAGGCUGGCCAGCGACUGCUCCCCCAAGGAGCUGGUAGUGGUCCUGAAUGAACUCUUUGGCAAGUUCGACCAGAUCGCCAAGGCCAAUGAGUGUAUGCGGAUCAAGAUCCUGGGUGACUGCUACUACUGUGUGUCUGGCUUGCCAGUGUCCUUGCCCACCCAUGCCCGGAACUGUGUGAAGAUGGGACUGGACAUGUGUGAGGCCAUUAAGCAGGUGCGGGAGGCCACGGGCGUAGACAUCAGCAUGCGUGUGGGCAUCCACUCGGGGAAUGUGCUGUGCGGGGUCAUCGGGUUGCGCAAGUGGCAGUACGACGUGUGGUCCCACGACGUGUCCCUGGCCAACAGGAUGGAGGCGGCCGGCGUGCCUGGUCGGGUGCACAUCACGGAGGCCACGCUGAGCCACCUGGACCAGGCAUAUGAAGUAGAGGACGGGCACGGGGAGCAGCGGGACCCCUACCUGCGAGAGAUGAACAUCCGCACCUACCUGGUCAUCGACCCCCGGAGCCAGCAGCCGCCCCCACCCAGCCAGCACCUCCCCAAGCCCAAGGGGGAUGCAGCCCUGAAGAUGCGGGCCUCUGUGCGUGUCACCCGCUACCUCGAGUCCUGGGGGGCUGCGCGGCCUUUCGCCCACCUCAACCACCGUGACAGUGUGAGCAGCAGUGGGACCCCUGUCCCCAACGGGCGCAGGCCCAAGGCCAUCCCCCUUCGUCGCCAUAGGACUCCUGACAGAAGCACGUCCCCCAAGGGGCGGACAGAGGACGACUCCUAUGACGACGAGAUGCUGUCCGCCAUUGAGGGACUCAGCUCUGCGCGGCCCUGCUGCUCCAAAUCUGACGACUUCCACACCCUUGGCUCCAUCUUCCUGGACAAAGGCUUUGAGAGAGAGUACCGCCUGGCGCCCAUCCCCCGUGUCCGCUACUACUUUGCCUGUGCCAGCCUCGUCUUCAUCUGCAUCUUGCUCAUCCACAUCCUGCUGUCCAGAAUGGACAAGGCUAAGACUCUGUCCUUCGGGUUGGUGGGCUGUGUGCUGGCGCUGGUGCUUGGUCUCUGCUUUGUCGACCAGUUCUUGAGGUGCUUCCCAACGUGGGGGGUGCUGCGGGCCGUGGCAGAAAGCGUGGAGACACUGCCUUUGCUGCGAGUGACCCUGGCAGUCCUGACCAUCGGCAGCCUGCUUGCCGUCACCAUCGUCAGCCUGAGACCUGUCUCCUGGCAGUUUGCUGGCAACCAGACGUGCCUGGGGACCACAAGUGCCGAGAGCUCCCCGUGUGUGCACCUGUCUUAUUACACCUGCAGCUGCCUCCUGGCCUUCAUCGCCUGCUCCGUCUUCCUGAGGAUGAGCCUGGAGCUAAAGGUCGUGCUGCUGACGGUGGCUUUGGUGGCCUACCUGUCGCUCUUCAACAUUUCCCCGUGCUGGAAGGGGAGCGGUGUGGGCAGCAUCUCCACGAGCAAUGACACCAGCAGCAGCUCUCCGUUCUCUUCCAGGUGGGGUCAAGAGGUGACCAAUUUCUACCUGGUCCUGUUUUACAUCACCCUCAUCUUGCUCUCCAGACAGAUCGACUACUAUUGCCGCUUGGAUAUUCUGUGGAAGAAGAAGUUCAAGAAGGAGCAUGAGGAAUUUGAGACCAUGGAGAAUGUGAACCGUCUUCUCCUGGAGAACGUCCUGCCAGCCCACGUGGCCGCGCACUUCAUUGGUGACAAGCUCAAUGAGGACUGGUACCAUCAGUCCUACGACUGCGUCUGUGUCAUGUUUGCGUCGGUGCCGGACUUCAAAGUGUUCUAUACGGAGUGUGACGUCAACAAGGAGGGGCUGGAGUGUCUGCGCUUGCUCAACGAGAUCAUCGCCGACUUUGACGAGCUGCUGUUAAAACCCAAGUUCAGUGGUGUAGAGAAGAUCAAGACCAUUGGCAGCACUUAUAUGGCAGCUGCAGGGCUCAGCAUCCCCUCAGGGCACGAGAACCAGGACCUGGAGAGGCAGCAUGCCCACAUUGGCAUCAUGGUGGAGUUCAGCAUCGCCCUGAUGAGCAAACUGGAUGGCAUCAACAGGCACUCCUUCAACUCCUUUCGCCUCAGAGUUGGUAUAAACCAUGGGCCUGUGAUUGCGGGCGUGAUCGGGGCGCGGAAACCUCAGUACGACAUCUGGGGAAACACAGUUAAUGUCGCCAGUCGCAUGGAGAGCACUGGAGAACUCGGGAAGAUCCAGGUUACUGAAGAGACGUGUGUCAUCCUCCAGGGACUAGGUUACUCCUGUGAAUGUCGAGGACUGAUUAAUGUCAAAGGCAAAGGUGAACUGAGGACUUACUUUGUCUGUACAGAUACCGCCAAGUUUCAAGGGCUAGGGUUGAACUGAAGGCGUCUGGUGGGUACGGAGUAUGCAGGAAGCCAACUUCCUUCUCUGAAGCAAGUCAAGGAAACACAGCCCCACCCCAGCCACAACAGCAUUCCAGUGGCUGCCCACCACCACCCUGACAGUAUGACUUUGGGCUUUCACUAGAGGAUUUCUUGGACUCCUGCAAGCUUGAGGUGGCCUUUGGGCCUUACCGUGUAGAGGCAGACAGAACCUCCAUGCAGUUGGCAUCCACAGUUGCCUCCGGCACAACUGGAAGAAGCUCACUCUCAAGUUUUAACCCCCCUUCCCUGGGUGCUGUGCAGACCUUUAAGCAUGCCCCGCGUGGGCCUGAGAGCUGCAGAGCCAGUGGUGUCUUCCAAGGCAACCUGUCCACGAGGGGCUGGGAACUAACCAGCUACAGUAUUCUACAUUUCUCACACAGGCACUCUGGUAAAUAAAUAGAGCUGAAAAGCUGUGUAAAGUCCACAAAUCGUUUCACAGUAUGGAGAUAAAAAAAAAAUCACUUGCUGUUUCUUGACAUCUGACAUUUGGUUGUUUUAAAUGGAUGGACGAUUAAUAGGGAUUUUAUUUUUUUUAAUGACUUCUUAGAUGCUAGACAAAAAUCCCUUCUCUCUACACAUAAGUAGGAUCACUGCCUGGUGUCAGCUGAUGGGAUUAGCCCAGUUGUAAAAUAGGGUUCUGAGGACCGUGGCUUAUAACAAGAAUGUGGACAGUGGAGGAAGCCUGGCUUUGAAUCAGAGGACUCUGAUGCGAGCGUUUUGAAGUUAUGUUCAGUAAGCGAAAGCCCAGAAAGUAAGGUACCAUUCAGCCCUCCCCAGACUGACUGAGCAUGCACUUCUGAGCUCUCCCCUAUCAUCUUUAGCUGCACGAUCACCUUUACACUGGAAAGGAAUGGAGGCUGUGCAGGAAGAACCUGGACAACCUGCAGAACUUCUUUCCUUCUCUCUAGUCCUCAUAGCUCUCUCUGAACAGCUCUCAACUCAAACGAUCGGCCAGCACAAGCAUGCUGUCAAGGCUCCUGUAUGUAAGAAGCCAGCCAGCCGUCUCACAAGUACUAAGAUGUCUUUUUUCUGAAUCUGAAUUAAACAAGCCAAAUGUAAAAAGCCAGGUUGUAAGACUGUUUUACAGUGCUUGAAGUCCAAAAGCAUCACAAGAAGUCGCCAUAGCUAUGUUUCAAGGUGAGGACGAGCCAAAUGGCCCCAUAGUGUUUUUACAGACUGACUUCAGUGUCUCUUAGCCAGAGCCUCUCAGAGUUUAAGGUAGUUGACAUUCACUGUAUGCAGGGGUUCUUAAACAGAAGUCAUCCAUCAACUCUGCGCAAUGAAAUGUAAUUUUGGAUAAAGGAGACUUCAGAUUACAGAGGGGGUGCAGACAGGAUGACUAAGCAGCCAGGUUUGCCUGUGGCUUCAUGCUCCUGGUUGAGCUGCAGGGUGGUUGUGGGGAGGGGACUGACACUAAACUUGCUGUUUGCUUGUCUAGUGUCUUCGUCACCCCCAGAAGGGAGCCUAUUCUGAUUUGCACAAAGGUGCUGGAUGCCAUUCUAGUGGCUGCUAUUGUUUUUCAUAUAACCAGAAUAAGUAUGAAAAAAUUGUAAGAAGUUGAUGGGGGAAAACAAGUGCCGGUAAGCCUUACUUAAAUUGUCUUUUAAACACAUCAACUUUUCACAUAAUGGGCUAGUUUCAGGUGAGUAUAGCCCUGCAGUCUAUAUUCUUAAAGCCAAGCAGUGGCCAGGGCUGCCCAGCAAGGGCCUCCUGGGAAGUCAAGAAGAUUUCUGGGGCUGGGACAAUGCAGACACCUGCUAGGGUGCCAGGGCUCUCAGGAUGACAGAGUUGCUCUCUUGCAAUUUUAAUUUACUUUUUUUCCUUAGUAGCAGAAAUCCCAAAUUGGGGGUUAGGAAAAAAGAAAUUGGUUACCAUUCAUGUAUCUUUAUUUUGACUCAAAGCACUGUGCUCACAUAAGGAUAAUUUAUAACCUUUUAGUUUUUGAUGUUCGGGUCAUGGUGAAUAACUGACCAUAAAAGUCACUUACUUUUUCUUCUUAAUCCCCAGGUGUCAUUUUGUUUUAUGGCAGGGCAAGUAUCUUUUCUAACACCUUCUCUUCGGGGUGAGGAUUUGCUUAAUGUUCCUAUUUAAUGGCCUCACUGACUUCUGAUGGUGAAAAACAAAAAAAAAAAACACACCUGAAAUUUUCUGGUUUACUUAAGAAAAUCUAACACGAUUAGCCACUGUAUACAAACUGUCUAUAAUCGGUCAAUGUACAAAAACAUGCUGAGAAGCUAUAUGCAGGCAACUAGGGGUUAUUCUGUAUACUGAAUAUUUAAAGAUCUGUAACAUUUGUUCCAAAAUGUUGUUUCAUUUUUAUAAAGCACCAGUGUUUUCUACUUUGUUUAGCCUUUCAUACAUUAAAUUAGCAACACGGAAAA